GGGUAGAUAUGAUAUAUUGGAAAAAGUGUAUUUGCCUUAUUUGAAUAUUAGAGAUUUAUCUCAUAAAAAUAAAUGAAUAAUCUCAAAUACAUUCCUAGGGCCAAUAAGUUAGAGAUAUAAUUAUAUAUUCGAAUAAUUGCGUAUAUCAAUAAACUUUUUAUAAUCAAAACGACCAUAACACUAAAUUAGGAAAACGAUACUCUUUGUUAUUUCUCAAUGAAUACGACGUGACAGUGUGUAAUAUUUCCAUGGUAUACUAAAGUACUACAUAAGGUUGGUGAAACAUAUCAAGUCCUUCAGUUGCCAGGUCAAUCACAUCCUUCACUUUUUGUUCAUUACAGUUGACAAAUUGUGAGUCAGACAUCUUCUGUAACAAGAAGUAACAAGAAGAUGCUGACUCCUGCAUUUAGCCUGGAGCAAGACAAGACUUUCCUGACAAUAAUAAUAAAAGCACCAUUUGCAAAGAUAUCAGAGACAGAGGUUUUUGUUGAAGAGAAUGACUUCAAAUUCUUUUCCAAGCCUUAUUUCCUCAGGUUGACGUUGCCCGGGAAUCUAAUUGAGGAUGGCAGGGAGAAGGCAGACUACAAAUCAGACACAGGUGAAUUUCAUAUCACAUUCCCCAAGGAAACUCCAGGACAGGAGUUUGAAGGACUGGACAUGAUCACAAAGCUUCUUGCUCCCAAGGGGAAAACUUCUGCUGAAGGACCUCUUAUCCAAGUUGUAGAUGAAGCAGAGUCAAAUCAAGCACAGCCAUUAGAAGAUGAGGAGUUUGAUUGGCGUAUAGAGCAGCAACCAUAUGUUGAACCGGUUUCACCAUUGUCAGCACCAAAAUAUGGAUUUGCCAAUCAAAAGUUUGGUGUGUUUGCAAGAUUGCAGGAAGACCUUGUUGGAAUUGUUGACUGCCCAGACCCGGAUAAACAUACACUUGCUGAGAGGAGAGAAAGGCGGUUGAAGGCAGAGACAGAAAAGUUUGAUGAAGAUCAUUACAUUGGUGACCUGUAUGAGGAUUCUAUUAUUGUGAUGUUGCUGCAAUAUCAGCCCGACUGGUCAGAGGAGAUGGAGGUUGUCUCUAAAAGUACACCGGUGGAGUUAGCUGUGACAUUUACAGAUGAUGAAAAAGAGGUCAUGAGGAAACUGCCUAAGAAGGAAUACCUGCUGGAAUCUGGGGAGGAAACUGCUGUAUACCUCGGCCUUGUAGACAUCAUGUUUGCCUACGUCUACAACCAUCGCACCACUGAGGGAGAAAACCAGUGUGAAUCAGGAUGGACAGUGAGCAAGUUGAGUUCCACUCUGUCUUGGCUAGAGGUAUUCACCAACCUGCAAGAUGUUUUGGUCAGUAGUUACAGAAGAGCCCUCUGCUACCCGUUGUUUCGAAACUGGAAACUGUGUACAAAAAUACAGCAAGACUUGGUCACCAUCUUUAGACUAGGCCGACGGCGGUUGUUGAAGUGCCUGCUAGAGAUACGUAACAUCCUACUGGACCAGGAUUGUCGCUAUGUGCUCAAUGAUCUAUACAUCACAGACUACUGUGUGUGGAUACAGUCUGCCAGUAGCAAAAGACUGGAGUCACUGGCUGACGCCAUUGAAAAAACAGUGGUUUCCAAGGCAGAUGUUGAUCUAGACCUCGUAGAAGUGGAAAGAAUAGCCAAAGUUGCUCUAGAGAGUGAUUCGGACGAAUCCGACGUAGACAAAGUGACUGGUAAACUCUCAGGAGUCAGUUUGAACAAUGAGCUGGAUGAAUCAGAUACUACAGAGACUGAGGAUGAAAAUGCAGAUAGUGAUGACAUCACAUCAGAAACUGAUGAUGCCAUCACACAGAAUGAUUUGCAUAGAAACAGUGAAAGAUGUGAAGCUAAAGGGUCAGAGGUAAAGAAGAAUACGAAAAAACUGAUUGAAGAAAUUUAGGAGACAUCUCGCAAUCGUAAAGACAGUUGUGAUAAAUCUUAAACAAUUGUUCAACUUUGAAAAUAUUAAACAUACAGAAAACUAUGUAUUUGCGUUCUAAUGUUAAUUGUGUCAGAUUUGUUCUUGAUGAUGAAAUAUUACAUACUUUACAGGGUAUCAGAAAGGUACUUUUGCUUCAAACUAUGCAGUUUUUAUCCAUUUUAUAUUUUACUCAGCCUGAAUUAUGCCAUAUUUUUUUUCAUUCCUUGUUGUUUUUAACCAUGUACUAAGUAUUCAUAGUUGCUAUUUUUAAACUAUGCAUUUUUUGAUGUUGUGAAUAUUUGACAUUGGUUGCAAUAAGUGUUUCCCCCUGGGCCUUAUCGGGUGUCAGUACCAACAUGAUUUCAAAGGGAAAACUGGAUUCCCGACAUGCCUUACUUGGUCCGACAUGCCUUUAAUGCAGGCAUGGGACAUGUCAUACAAGUAAUGCAAUAAACUGUAAAACUGAUCUUAAUUCUGCUAGCGAGAAGGAUCCAAUCAGUGUUGGGGGAGUUAACCAAUUUUUUUAGAGAAUCACCAUUCAGUUAUGGUGUUAAUCGAUUAAUUUGUGCUAGCUGUACCAUUAAAUAUCUGCAAACUUGGAAAACAAUACAUUUGAAAUUGUUGUAUUAAUUUCAAUCAAAUAAUUUAGAUUAAAUGAAUUUGCUGCUGAUCUUUAAUCAAGUUAAUUUAUUUCACAGUUAUAUGAAAUUAAGAAAAUCCUGUAAAAAACAAACAAUUAUGAAGAGGCCCUGACAAGAGGCCCUGAUGCAGUCAUUCUCGUUCACCCGAGCGAUAAUGCUAUGGAUUAUAUUUAUCAUUGACAAACCUCCCAUGAAAGAGACUGUGGCGCGGUGGACUUUCUGUAUUACCUGUGAACUUUAAAAUGACAUGGUUAUAUUUUUACUGAUGAAUUGAUAGUGACUCAUUGUAACAAGUUUUGGCUUUUUUUCACCUGUUUACUGGUAUUUACUUAAGAAUUAUUUAACUAUUUUAAGAAGUGAUUAACAUUUUAUUUACCUUGCAUUCAUUGUGUUUUCUCAUCUUGUCAAAAUGCACCAUUGGUGAAUGAAAUACCAGUACUUAAAAAAAGGGAAGCGACACUUAUCUCAGGCCCACCCCAUUCAGUCCGACAUCCCUAAAAUAAAUCCUGGGAGAAACACUGGUUGCAAUAUUUGUGCUCAACUUUAUAUUACUAACUUUAUAUUACUAUUUUAUUUUACCCAGUUUAUAAACAUUUUGUAAGAGUUGAUUGUGAAUAUUUUUAUUAAAAUUUGACUCUACA